UCUUGCUGCAGAAAAAUUUAAACUUGGCCUAGAAAGCACACAAGUUCUAGUUGUGGAAGUUUGACUAGAAAGAAAGCACUUAAAUCUUAAUAUGCUUCAAGUAGUAGAGCUGCUGGGAGAGACAGAGAAGCUAGAAGAAGACUGCUAUUAUCUUUCAUGGGAAUAAGAGGAGAAAGAAAGACACUCAUCAUCUCUCCACUCAUCGCAAGUUGGUAGGUAAAAGGUUUUGCUGUGUGGUUGAGAAAGAAAAUUUUACUUGUUCCGAUAGAGAAACACUAGAGCAGAUUUCACACUUCCCUAAUUUUGAAGGGUUGGUGGCGGUGUCAAGUUUAGCACCAACCCACAACCAUGGAUUCCUAUGAAGCUACAAGGAUUGUGUUCUCAAGGAUCACAAACUUGGACCCAGAAAAUGCUUCCAAAAUCAUGGGUCUUCUUCUAAUCCAAGACCAUGGUGAGAAAGAAAUGAUCAGAUUAGCUUUCGGCCCCGAGGCUUUUCUCCACUCUGUGAUUCUCAAGGCUCGGAAGGACUUGGGACUAAUGCCCAUAUCCAACUCUCCAUCCACACCUUCCACACCUUCUUCCCCCUCUCCUUUCCUCUCCACCAACCCAAUCUCUAUUUCGAGGCAAAACUCUGCUUCUUCGAGGCUGUCUCUCACUAUUCCAAACCCAUCUUCUUCGGCUUCUACUUGGGCUGCUCUGUCUUCCGAGCUUCGAAACCAAGACGAGACUAGUAUGAUGAUGAGCCCCAACAACAUGGCUCCUAACGGGUCUUCUUCUUCCUUUUUCGGAAACGGUGGGCCAGACCAUGUCCUUGAGGAGUUUCAGCUUCAAGACCAGCUCUCUUUUCUCAACGAUGCAGCUCCAAACCUGGGAGGACCCAAGUCCCCGGAUUUGUUUUACCCACAAUCAGACUUGUCUUCCAGCCCCACUAAUGGUUCUGAUCAGGCCCUUUUCUCCUCCUACGGUGGCUCCGGGAACUGGGGUGGUGGUGGGCCUCUUCACCGCCGGAGCUGCUCUGUGAGUGAUGUGUGCUUGGAAGACCCGAAUUCGGGGUUCGGGUGGAAGCCCUGUUUGUAUUAUGCUAGAGGGUACUGCAAGAAUGGAACUAGCUGUAGAUUCUUGCAUGGUGGUGGACUUGGAGACUUGGGUUCAGAUGGUGCUCAACUUGUUGGGUCACCAAGCAAGCUUGAUAUGAUGGACCAGUCAUGCCAUGAAGCGCUUCUGAGAUCCAAGACUGCUCAACAGCAAAGACUGGCUGCAGCUUCCCAGCUCAUGGCCUCGGCCAACUCUUUUCCUUACUCAUCUAAGUGCAUGAACUUCCUUCUUCAGCAGCAACAAACUGAUGCGCAGAGGGCUGCAGCAGCUUUGAUGAUGGGUGAUGAUAUCCACAAAUUUAGUCGAUCUCCUCGGCUGGAAAGAAGCGAGUUUGCAAUGAUGAACGGUGGCGCUGGGAUGGUGAACCCAGCCUCAAGGCAGAUAUACUUGACUUUUCCAGCUGAUAGCACUUUCAGAGAAGAAGACGUGUCAAAUUACUUCAGCAUUUAUGGACCUGUUCAGGAUGUGAGAAUUCCAUACCAGCAGAAGAGGAUGUUUGGUUUUGUUACAUUUGUGUACCCGGAUACUGUGAAGCUUAUUUUGGCAAAAGGGAACCCUCAUUUUGUGUGUGAUGCUAGAGUGCUGGUCAAGCCUUACAAGGAGAAGGGCAAAGUUCAUGACAAGAAGCAACAAGGGGAAAGAGGAGAUUUGUCGCCCUGUGGCACACCUACGGGCCUUGAUGGUAGAGACCCUUAUGAUCUCCAGCUAGGAGCAAGGAUGUUUUACAAUUCUCAAGACAUGUUGUGGAGGAGGAAGCUGGAGGAGCAAGCUGAGCUGCAGCAAGCACUUGAACUUCAAAGCCGGAGGCUAAUGGGACUGCAGCUUCUUGAUGUCAAGAAGCAUCACCAUCGAGCACUUUCCGCCAGCAGUCCGAUUAAUUCUCCUACUCAGUCCCCCAGCAUGUUCAAUCAGAACUUUCUGCAUCCUUCAUUUCAUAGCCCAGAAGUUAGUCAAGAGAACUGCGCAAGCCCGGUGCAACCCUCUUCAGUUCUCUCUGCAGACCAGCAGCUAAACAAGGUAGAAACUGUAGCUGCGGGUAAAGAAUCAGCUACCAACAGUGACGACAGUGGGAGUGGCAAGGAAAGCCCCCAUGAUGAUGAUAUCAGUGGUUUGCUAGGAAGCUUGGAGCACAACCUCCCCGACAGCCCUUUCGCUUCUCCAACAAAAGGAGCCCAAGAUUACUUGUCUGGCUUUCCGGUCGCAGCCACUGAGGCCAAUGAUUCAUCAGAUGCCUCAGCUGCAACAGCUAACAUUAACUUGGCUACUUCCCUGCUGCCAACUACUUCCUCACUGGACAUAGCAUCUUUCAAGUCUUUUAACUGCCAGAUUCCAAGGUUGUCUUCCGGCCAUGGAGCAAUAGGGAUGUAUGCCGCCGGUGCAGCAGGACCGAAAUGCCCAGUUGGAACUUCCUAAGCCUUUAAAUUAGGUUUCAGGGAGGAACAGCGCAAGUUUCUAAGAAUAACCAAACAAAAACACCACCCAACAUCUGUAGAAAAAGAAUCAAAUCUCCACCAGCCCCAUCUCAUCAGAAAAUACCAUACUACUUACUACCAUACAAAAUGCAUACGUAAAAGGCAGUAAAGGAAGAGAGGAGGAAGCGAAAGCAAGUGUGGGUCAGUCAGCCUAGCUCGUUUUCCUUUUCCCUUUCUUGUUGUUCUUGUACUACUAGUCUUCUUUCGUCACAUCUCAUUUUAUGUAGUUUUAAGUCGGAAGAACCACAGGUUUAAAAAAGAAAGAGAGACAAAGGAAUCACCAACACCGUCUAAAAAUUAGUUUGUAACUUUUGGGCACUGUAAAAAAUGAAUUGGUGUCGCCAAAUUCACCGCAAACGGUGCCCAAAAUGUAGUCUAGCAGUGUCUGUCUCUGUGUUACUUAGUGUUUUUCUAGUGUAAUCAACUCUGUACAGCAGAAGAAGCAGAACCCAGAAGAAGCUAGCUGAGUAAGAAGAAAGAGGUAAAACAAACAAGAAGGAACUGUAAUUUUUGUAUAACUACAAGGCUGAUUCUCCUUCUUCCUCCAUAACCAUAAGCCUGAAGUGAGCUCAGCCCAGCUGUAGCAGUUGCGAGAUAUCGGGAAAUUUUUCUUUUACCUUUAUCAAAGUGGUUGCUGCAACCUUGUACUCUAUGUUUGUACCAGACAGUUAAAAAGAAAAGAAAUGUAGGAAGGAAAUGUCAGAAAGUAAAAGAAGCUCGAGGUUUUACUGUU